AUGUCAGACGCUGUCAGACCAGCUGUAUCAGAUGCCAGACAUAUUUGGGAGGUUGUCGGUGGUGCAGGUCACGGAGGCAUUGUUGUUCGACGAGGUCGUGACUUCGGGAGCACACCGCUCCACUCCAGACUGGGCCAAGGUUCAUUUGUGCAGCAAGUUUCGCUGAUCAACGGGCGCUUGCGCUACGUCAAAAUUUCUGGCGAGGGUCCCGAUCAUGGUUGGGUGAGCCUUCGAUUUGGGGAAAAGCAGCUUUUGCGGCAUGUCGAUGUAGUAUCACCGACGAGGGUGCGUACUCGCUCAUUCGGAAGCCCGGGCUUGAUCCUCUGCAUCGGGGACUCCUUGACUGCCGGUGGAUAUCCGACACUCCUCCAGGCCUUGUUUUCCGAUUCCGGCCCAGCCGUUGUGAAAGACUUUGGCGUGCGCGGGGCAUCGAUUUUGCCCAUGGCUGGAGGACCAUGUGUCGCAUAUUCCAGCUUAGCUCGGCUGGAUGCGGAACUGCGGUGCAACCCUCCCGAUGCGAUUAUUGUCAUGCUCGGCACGAACGACGCUCGGUCCGCUCAUUGGGAUGCAGAGGCAUUCCAGAUGGAGUACUGCGCUCUUCUGCAAAGACUUGAAGGGUUGGAGCUCGAACCAGAUGCUGUGGGCAGCCGACGGUUGGUGCUCAUCGCAGUGCCUCCGAGAGUCACAUCGAACGCUUGGGGCAUUGAUGUUGACAUCGCGGACAACGACCUUGCAAAUGCUGUGGAAGUGGUUGCGCAAAAGAUGGGGAUGGCCUUAGUCAAUCUGCGGGAUGUUCUCGAUCCAAUUGCAGCAUUCGUCUCCGAUGGCGUUCACCUUACGCAGGCUGGUUCGGCUUUGGUCGCAGAGAACGCCAAGCGAGCCCUUCUUGCGAGCUGGGCAGCAUGCCUCCUGCGCUUCGCCGUUCCGGGUGGGCAGCCCCUCGGUGGCUAUGACCGGACAGCUCCCACAGGCGUCAAGGUGCAGCUGCUGAGCCAGGACGGUUCGAGCUUGGAGAAGUCUUAUUCUCCGGUCUCGCAUCCGUCUCAGGUCGGGUUCUUUGACUUGCUUGUGCGCGCCUAUCCUCCAAGACCUGGGGGCGGGCUUGGUGCAUAUCUCUGUGGCUUGAAGCCAGGGCAGGCUGCCCUCAUGAAAGUGAAGCCCGAAAGCUUCAGCAGCCUUUGCGGAGCUCCGCUGCGUCCCGGCCGCUGGGAUCGGCUGGGCCUCAUAGCGGCCGGCACGGGUCUGGCACCCCUGCUGCAGGUCGCCCGGGAAGCUCUUUCAUGGAGGGACGCCACCCGACUCUCACUGGUUUUGGCCUGCCGCAGCGAAUCCGAAAUCCUAAUGCGUGAGGAACUUGAGCUGCUGGUUCAGAAUCCCGCAAUCCGCAUCUCGUACCAGCUGAGCAAACCUGGACCCGGAUGGCCCUCCGAUUGCAGUGGCCGCCUGUCAAAAGCCGUGCUAGAACAACGUUUGCCUUCGCCAGACUCUCGCGGUCGAGGGAGUGGUCCAGCUACAGGCUCCAAGGCAACAUCAUCGGAAAAGGCGCAGCUGGCAGCCUUGUUGAAGCUGAGAAGUUAUGUGACUGUCGCUACAGUGGAGGAGGCCAUCUCACCUGUCUUGGAGAAGUGGCAUGCCCAGCCGGCAAUGGCCACACACGUGCUUACACGCCUGCGACAAGCAAGACGAGCUCUCACCGCAUGGCAAGUGCUCCAGGUUAUGCGGAGCAGUGGUAUAGAGACGAACGUGAUACACUACAGCAGUGUCAUCAUAGCAUGUGAAAAUCAGGGUGCCUGGCAGCUCGCUCUGGAUUUGGUGGGCUCCAUGGUCUUGUCUAGAAUCCAGCAUGAUGUGAUCAGCAUGAGUUCCGCCAUCAGUGCCUGUGAGAAAGUUGGGCAGUGGGAGCGAGCUCUGGCUCUGCUUGAGACGAUGAAGAGGCAACGCAUUUGGCCAAACGUGGUGAGUUACAGUGCAGCGAUAUCUGCAUGCGAGAAGAAGGGUGAAUGGCAACAAGCUGUGCAACUGCUUGAGGCUAUGCAUGAGCAUCGCGUGUCGCCAAAUGAUAUUACUUGCAAUAGUGCGAUCAGCUCAUGCGAGUUGCAGGGGCAGUGGUUGGUUGCUGUAGACUUGCUGAACAUGAUGCCCGCGCUUGGGGUUUCGCCGGAUGUGAUCUCUUUCAACAGUGCUUUGAGCUCAUGCGAGGAGACGGGGUUCUGGCAACUGGCCUUGAAUCUCUUGUCGGGGAUGCAACAAGCACAGCUGGCUCCCAACAUACGCACUUGCAACAGCGUAAUGAACACCUUGCAAGCAGAUGGCCAGUGGCAGCGAGCCUGGAGUCUGCUAAGCCUUAUGAAAUUGAAGGUCAUCAUUCCCGAUGUCACCACCUGCAGCAGAGCCAUUGACUGCUGCGAGAGGGGCAGCAGGUGGCAGCUCGUUGCAGCUUUGGUGUGCUCGAUGCAGGAAGUAAACCUUGAGAAGACACUGAUGUCAAUGCAUGCAGACCGUCUAAAAUUCCUGAGCCGGCAAGGCUUGCGUAUAAAACCGGUGUGCCUGUGUUUUGGAGCCUUGGGCCUUCACAACUGCUGUUUGAUUCUAGUUUGCGGCACGGAUGGCUUCGUUGAAAGCAUGGCGGGGCCUGUCGAACGCGUGAAGACGCCGGAUGGUCAGAAGAGGAAGAUGCAGGGAAAGCUCGGUGGUUUGCUGGCAGAGUUGGGAUACACGUCGUCCCAGGUUCACAAGUUCUGA